CUGACAAGACUAGCAAUUGCGGGAAAUCGGUCUUGUUUUGAUUCACGACGUCGCGUUUGGUGAUUCCUGAUUAUCUUCAUAUCUGAACUACAAAAAGUACAAGUCUACAAUGUAAGUCACAGAGCGAUGGAAAACAACAGAAGUCGAUUGAUCUGAAACGGAAGACCCAAGUAAUUCAUACCAAGAUGGAUGUGGCAUCGUUAGUCUCUCAACUCUCCUCUCUACAGCGUCUUGCCCAUGCAACACUAGAAACAUUGGAUUAUCAGUCCAAACUCUUAGGUAUCUCCCAAGGCUGUGUCACCAAGGGCUUAGACUUGGUCAAGACUGCCACUACUGCUGUCAAGGGUCUUCAGUCGCUGCUCAAUGAGAAUGAACAGACAAGACAAGCCACCAGUCUGGAGGAAAUGGAGACACUGAAUUGCGAAGAGGAUUCUUCUCCAGAGGCAAGCAGUACUCCGUCUACAAACACAGACCUGGUCAAAUUGGAAUACGAUGGCUUUGUUGAUGAGGAUUCUAUUGUAAAGGUCAAGAAAGAAUACAUACAGCCGGUGGAAGAAGAGGAUUCUAAACCAGAUCUAUCGGCAGAACUGUUUGACGACUUUGAAGAUGAAGAGGAAAUUGAUGAAAACAUGCUAGCUGAGAUUGAUGCUAUGUGUGAGGCUGUAGCCAACUCAUCUACUGAUACCAUCAAUGACUCCAUGGUCUCUAAAGAUGAUGAGAAUGAAACUGCUAAUGAUCCUUCUGUAACCCCACCAGAAAAGAAAUAUAUUAAUGCCCUGAAGAAAAGCUUUGGUCAUGCAUCAUUCAGGCCAAUGCAGUGGAAAAUCAUCCAUUCCAUCUUGAAAAACAGAAGGGAUCAGUGUGUUGUCAUGGCAACAGGUUAUGGUAAAAGUCUCUGCUACCAGUUUCCGUCCGUUUUCACCGGGGGAGUGAGCAUCAUUAUCUCACCUCUCAUCUCUCUUAUGGAGGACCAGGUACAAGCUCUAAGAAUUGCCAACAUCAAGGCAUGUUAUCUAGGCUCAGCUCAGAAAGACAUGGCUCAAGCUAGAAGAAAUCUGCUCAAAGGAGAGUAUAGAUUGGUUUACAUGACCCCUGAGUUUAUAUCGGUUGCAACAGACCUCAUUGAAGACGUGCAGAGGAAAGUGGGUAUUACACUGGUUGCUAUUGAUGAAGCUCACUGUGUGUCACAAUGGGGUCAUGACUUCAGGUCAGCAUACAGAACUCUGGGAAACCUAAGGCAAUUACUUCCUGAGGUCCCCUUUCUAGCUCUCACUGCCACUGCCACUCCUAUGGUGCAGAAGGACAUCUGUAGGUCACUGCAUCUCAAAAACCCUGAUGUCACCUGUACCAGCUUUGAUAGACCGAAUCUCUACCUUCAAGUCCAGCUGAAGACGAAUGAUGUAGAAAAUGAUCUUGCCAACAUCCUCAUCGAAACGCAGAAGUUUAACUAUGAGUUUGAUGGUCCAACGAUCAUCUACUGCCCAACUAAGAAGGCCACAGAGAGUGUAGGAAGCACUCUCAAAAAUCUUGGAGUGAAAGCAGAUAUCUACCAUGCAGGAAUGAACCCAGAGAGGAGGAAAGAGAAUCAUCACAAAUUUGUUCGAGACGAACUUCAGUGCAUCGUGGCAACAGUUGCGUUUGGAAUGGGAAUCGACAAGCCAGACGUCAGGAAUGUAAUACACUAUGGAGCUCCAAAGGAUAUUGAAUCUUACUACCAGGAGAUUGGACGAGCGGGACGUGAUGGGAUGCCAAGUAACUGCUUUGCCUUCUACAGUCGAGCAGAUUUUGUAUUAAAUUGGCAUUUUGUAAGAGAAAUCAAGAGUGUAGAGUUCCAAGAACACAAAGCCAAAAUGAUCAAGAAAAUAGAGGACUAUGUUCAAACUUCGCAAUGCCGCAGAAAAUUGAUCUUGUCACAUUUCCAGCACAAUGCAAAGAGCCUAUUGACUGGGAGUAGAGAUUGCUGUGAUAACUGCAAAAGGAAACUUGAAGGUGGAGAAGAUAGUGUUGAGAAUAGCCAGUCACGAGAGCUAGAUCUCACCAAAGAGCUGCAUCAUCUACUCUCCGCUAUCGACAUCACAGGAGGGCGCUUUGGUCUCUCUAUUCCUAUCUUUUUUCUCAGGGGUUCGUUCAAUCAGAGGCUACCUCAGCACCUCACAAAGCACAAGAAGUUUGGAAUUGGAAAGUACAGACCAGAAAAGUGGUGGAAGGCAUUUGGAUAUCAGAUGUUGAACAUGCGUCUUCUGGUGGAGCAAGCGAUCCCAGGCAACAAGUUCUGUCAGACUGUGGAUCUAUCACAAGAAGGGUAUACAAUGUAUAGGAGCAUGGAGAGCGGAACAAAUGCUUCAUUCAUGCUCGAACCAAACCAGGAGCUACGGGCAGCCAUGAAGGAGAAAGACAGGGUCAAACCCACUAUCCUACCCCAGAAAACCCCAGCUCAGAUCAGCCGACAGAUCCUUCCGAGGGUACAGACGGGUUCCUGGAACCAAUACAUGCAGGCUAGCGUGGGAGGUGCCACUGAGGAUAUUGUCGCUACACAGAAACCAGUAGACCCCAAAGAGCAAGAAUUCCAGGGUAAACUGUACUCCAAACUGAUGAAUCUGAGGAACAAUAUAGCAUCUGAGAUGGGUGCCGCCCCAUACAUGGUUGCCAACAAUAAGAAUCUCCUAGACUUAGCGGUUAUAAGACCUGCAAGUAUCAAGUCCAUGUUGAAGAUCGAUGGCAUCGCUCAGGCAAGAGCAGAUAAUUUUGGUGCUCAGUUCAUCGAAGCCAUCAAGUCGUUUUGUAAAGAGAAUGACAUCCAACUGGACAAUUUCCCAGCAUCAGCUCCAUCAAGCAUCAGUGAUAAAGUGGAGAGCAGUCAGAGCAGUGGCCCGUCAUCAUCGGGGGGAUGUACCUUCCUACGAGGAGCUAAGGUUGGCAAGCUCUCGGAAACCAAGAAUGAAUCGUAUACCCUCUUCCAUGAGAAAGGAAUGACACUUGAAGACAUAGCAAUCAGGAGAGGGCUGAAGGUUUCCACCAUCGGAGGUCAUCUAGCAGAUGCCAUCGAAGCUGGCUAUCCUGUCAAUUUUGCAAGAGCUGGAAUCACACCAUCAAUACAGAAAGAAAUUGAGAAAGUCAUCAGAGACCCUCCAAUCAAUUCAGACAUCAGUGUACUUGGCCCCAUCAAGGAGCUACUACCUGACUAUGAGUGGCAUGAGAUCAAGUGUGUCAUCGCUAUCCUCAAAGUGCAGUAUGGGAUGCCUGUCAAAGUCUCGUCCGCCACAUCAUCACCAUCAUCGUCGCAAGGUUCCAAUCUAUCCAAUGCGUCUCCAUCGACCAGAUAUGGCCAGUUCCAAUCACAGAAUUCUUCCCAAACAUCACGUAUGCUGAGAUCCUCCCCUUCAAAGCCCUCCCCAUCGUCCACCCCGUCGUCGUCGAAACCCAGCCCUGUCGUCAAACAGCACAGCAUUCCCGCCUACAUGACUCAGCCCCAGAGAGAGGUCUUGAAGCGCAGUCAGACAUUACCAGACAUGCCCACAAAGUCACCUUCUAAAGGGAACACCCCUCCUGUCCAGUCCAAACCGGAUCAAUCCAUGUCAAAGCGGAAGCUACCAAGCUGGUUCGGUGGGUCUGCUGGCAAGAAAGGGAAGGGUGAGGCCGGGAGUCAAGAUGUGUCCACGAAACGGAAGCUGAAGGGAAAUGCAUUGUUCAGGAAGUAGCAUACAGUUGGUGCGUUCAUGAGGUAACACCCCUCCUGUCCAGUCCAAACCAGAUCACUCCAGUUUAAAGCGGAAGCUACCAAGCUGGUUCGGUGGGUCUGCUGGCAAGAAAGGGAAGGGUGAAGCAGGGAGUCAAGAUGUGUCCACGAAAAGGAAGCUGAAAGGAAAUGCAUUGUUCAGGAAGUAGUGUGUAGUUGGUACCUUCUAAAGGGAACACCCCUCCUGUCCAGUCCAAACCGGAUCACUGCAGUUCAAAGCGUAAGCUUCCAAGCUGGUUCAGUGGGUCUGCGGUCAAGAAAGGAAAAAAUUAAGCUGGAAUUCAAGAAGUUGUAUGACACAAAAACUGAAAAGUAACUGGUUUUAAAUUAUGGCGUAAUGACUUCCAGAUUUAAACUAUGCAAUCAUGAGACUAGACAAGGCAGGAUAAUAAUUAUAUAGCGUUAUCGUAGUAGAGUGGUGAUGCUACGGCUGUGGAUUAGAGCCCCAUUGCAGCACCUAUGUCCUUUGGCCACUCCCAUCCAGGUGUUAAAUUGGUACCUGGUAGAAAGGAAUUCUUUGAUCGCUGCAAGCAUCGAAAUUGGUAACUUAGCAAUAGCUGGGGUAAUAUUUGAGCAUGUUGCAUGGUAGAUAUGAGCACUAUCAAAGUAUCCAAUAUAUACUAUUAGUAUUAAAUUUUGUAUGAUUGUUAAAGAUAUAUUUUUCAAAUAUUGUACAGAGGAUAUGAAAGAUUUACAAAGUGAUUAACAAAUUUCAUACCUUUACCCAUUUAUGUCAUGCGUCCAUGAAGAGUUCAUGAUUUGUUUAAUUCCUCAUGUGAAGGUAUUGAUUAUUUUGAUUUUUUUUUUUCUACUUUAAAAGUAACAUUCUCUUGAUUUACUUGAAGGCUUUUCAUUCCGUUGAAACAUUGGAUAAUUAUUGAGGGAUGGGGUUAGGACAUUGUUUCAAUUCAUGGACUCGCUGAAAAGGCUUCACAAUAUCCAUCCUUUUAUUUCUCAAUUCAUCUUUUGGAAUUCAUAUUUGUUGAUGGUGCUUUUUAGGGCAAGAAACGUCAUGUUUAAAGGGCAUUGUCAUAAGAAAUAUAACCAAAUUUAUUCCCUGCCAACCUCGUCAUUGUUAUUAGAAUAUUGAUCAUCAUCCGUGUCUGUGAUAGUUAAUUUCUUAUAUCAAUGUUGAUAUUUAUGUAUUGCUAUGCAUUCUGUUUGUUUAUACACCUUGUGUUGAUAUAGGUGCCAUCAAUUUCAGAGGAGUUUGACUUCAUGCUUGUGCUAUAUAUAAAGAAAACUUAGUUAAUUUAUUUUGUUACAACAUUUUUCUUAUUUUAUGAAAAUGUUCAAAAAUAUGAUUGUAUUCAUGACAGAUUUUGGGCUAAUUAUCUGCCAAGUUUGAUACUGUAGCGGCUCUUACAUUCGCCCUACUUUUACCGUACACUCAUAUUUCUACAUUGGUGACCCCUCGUUUACUUGGAAGCUUGGUUGUA